GAAGCCCAUGCUUUCACAUACGCGUACCACUCACAGCGUUGCAUCUGUCUGUUGCGGCGUGUGUGCUUGUGUUAAUGCGCGUGUGCACCACAGAGAGAGAGAGAGAGAGCGGGUGAGUGAGCAAGCGAGGAGAGAGAGCGAGCAAAAAAGCAAACGAUCGAGAGAAAGGGGAGGAAAGAGACGGCGAGUGCAUGAGAGCAAGACAAAGCAAUGAAAUUCAUCGGAGCCCUUUACCUACUGUUCCUUCUGCCUGCUUUGAGCUUCAACAGCAGCUAUGAGGGCCUGGAAAAGAAGCUGAGGGAGGUAUUUACAGAGAGGACGGGCAUUUUACGACAACUUUCUAAGACAUCAAAAGAACUGGACAGCAUCAAGGGUAACCUGCAGACUCUGAAGAAUGAUGAUGCUGUUCCCAAGAAGGAUGUGCAGAGAAUCUUGGAGCUCAGUCACAAGCAAAGGGAUGAGAUGAAGUCACUCCAGUCGGCUCUGCAGAAGCAACUGGAUGAUGCAGCUGAACGCGCAGAGAAGCAGCAGGCCACCAUCAAGUUUCUAAAGAUGGAGAUGGAAAAGAAGACAAAAAUCAUCAAAGACCUUCAGCAAGAGAAUAAAAGCUUGAAGAACAAACUUCUGUCUGGAAACAAGCUGUGUGACAUGCAUGCAGAGGAGUCCAAAAAAAUCCAAGCUCAGCUGAAAGAGCUGAGGUAUGGCAAAAAGGAUUUAAUUUUUAAGGGUCAGCAAUUGAUGGACCUGGAGAAUAAACUCAGAGUUGCCAAAGAUGAACUGGAGAAGGCAGCACUGGAUAAGGAGUCACAGCUUAAAGCCCUGAAGGACACAGUCCAUAUCUGCUUUUCAUCUGUCCUACACAGUCAGACAGGAAGUCUACACAGAUUUACAGCCACACCUACCAAUCUGUUGAGGUAUUCUGCCCUGGGCAACAACUCAAGAGUCACCUUUCAACAGCCGCAUGCAAAGGACAUCCCAAAAGUUCCCCGAAUCACAACAGCGAGUAAAUUGCCUGUGAGCAGUGCAGUAAUGAGAAGAGAUGGCUCAGGACUGAAAGACUGCCAGAUGGUGAAGGUGGGAGCAGAAUGUUCCCAUAAUCAGACUGAGAGCGCAUCUGAGAUGAAAAAGAUGUUUGGACACAGUCAGCCACAGACUCCAGAGCAAAUUGAACAAGGCCAAGCAAGGACAUCAGAGGACAGUUUGAAAUCAGAAGGAGACCUAAAAAAGACACAAAUGCCCACACACAACUAAGAGACAGUGGAAGACUUGGCAGAUUUUCUGCAUGGUAAAAUGAUGUCAGACCUGUUUAAGCCCCACUUCAUUCACU